AUGUCAUCUAAUUCGUCUGAUGAUAAUUCAGAUUCAUCGAAAGCUUCAAGCAGUUCACAAAAAUCUAGUUCUUCUGUUCACUCAGUUGAAGUAUCUCACGAACCAAUAAACCUUCGUGCUCAUCAACCUUAUAUCGCUGGUUAUGCUCGCAGUAAUUAUUCCGGUUGUCGAGAGUGUCAAGAAGAUAUUCCUAAAGAUUCACUUCGUCUUGGUCGAUUAGUAGCCGAUGCUAGAUAUGAUGGAUACACACCAAUUUGGUUUCAUUUCAAUUGUUUCUUUAAAAAAUUUCAACCCAGAACAACUGGUGACAUAUCAAAUUUCACUUUAAUGCGAUAUGAGGAUCAGAAAUUGAUCGAACAAAAGGUUCAAAAUCAUUCAAGAAGAAGACAAGCUCCAAUUUCAAGUUUUCUGGUUGAAUAUGCUCGUUCAGGCUAUUCUACAUGUCUUUGGUGUGAUAGAAAUAUUCCUAUCGGCUCUGUUCGUAUUGGCCGUAAUGAUGAAAAUUCAGAUACACCGUUGCUAAUUGGUACUCCAAUUCCUCGUUGGUUCCAUAUAAAUUGUUUUGCUCGAUGUCGACAGAAAAUUGGCUUUGGUUCAAAUAGAUCCGCUCCAGAAAUAUCAGGUUUUGAAGAUUUGAAACGAUUUGAUCAACAGGUUUUAAUCACAAAGCUACCUCCAUUGAAUGAAAAUAGGCGGACUUCUGUGAAAAAUGAAUAUGGAGCUGAAGCCUCAUCAAGUGAAUCAUUGUCAUUCUCAUCUGAUGAUUAUUCCUCUUUGGAAGAAUCGUUAGCUUCUCAAUCUAAUCUCAUGUACUCAUACAUUGAUAACUUGGUGAAAUUGAAAUCUUCAGAACUGAACGCUUUACUAGAAGACAAUGGUUAUGAUUUAUCAUCAAUGUCGGACGAUAGAGUCGAUAAGAUUUAUGCUCUCGCUGAUGCUAUGGCUUUCGGUACUUUAAGAUCUUGUCCAAAGUGUGGUGAUCAAAUAAUAUUUCGCAUCGCUGGUUUUAUUUGUGUCAAUGAAGUCUGUGACUAUACAACAAGUUUACCCGCUCGUUGCCCAUUCUUCGUAAAUAGCUGGCUAAAAAAUAAAUAUCAAUUUCUUGAGGAAUAUCAAUAUGUCCGAAGAGAUAGAGUUAUGCCUAAAACUCAAUAUGGCUGUGAAUCGUAUUAUCCUGUACGGGGUACCCGCUUUGAUCCUGGUGAGCAAUUACGACUAUUGUUGUUGGGUGUACGAAAAAAGUCAAGACGCCGUGCAAGACGUAGAUCAAGUUACUGGUCAAGAAAAACAUCCUAA